CGCCGAGGCGUUCCACGACCACCCGCCAUGAAUAUUUUUCGGAUCCUGGGAGACCUCUCCCACUUGAUAUCGAUUCUGAUAUUGUUACACAAGAUGACACAAACCAGCUCAUGUUCCGGCAUAUCUUUCAAAUCGCAAGCCCUCUACCUAAUCGUCUACAUAACCCGCUACCUCGACCUCUUCUGGACCUUCGGCGACAGCCUCUACAACACCGUCUUCAAGAUGCUCUUCCUCGCCUCGUCAGGCUACACAAUCUACCUCAUGACAACAGCGUACAAGCCAACCCACGACCCGAACCUCGAUACCUUCCGCGUGCAAUACCUGCUCGGGGGCUCAGCCGUGCUUGCUGUCCUUUUCCCGUACAAAUGGACCCUGUAUGAAAUGACGUGGGCUUUCUCAAUCUGGCUUGAAUCGGUCGCUAUUCUGCCGCAAUUGUUCUUGUUGCAAAGAACUGGAGAGGCGGAGACGAUAACGACACAUUAUCUGUUUGCUUUGGGGAGCUACCGUGCGCUGUAUAUCCCGAAUUGGAUCUACCGGUAUUUUGUGGAGGGCCACUGGGAGCCGAUUAGCGUCCUUGCUGGGAUCGUGCAGACAUUGCUGUAUUCGGACUUCUUCUGGAUUUACUACACGAAGGUGCUGAAGGGAAAGAAAUUUGCGCUGCCAGUAUAGAUUUGGCACUGAUGAAGAGGAUUAUUGUUUCGAAGGGAGGGAACGAAAAUGAGAUGAAAGCUUUGAGAAACGAGGAUGAGAUAAAUACAUCCUGCUUGGAGCAGCAUUCCCUUGGGAGGAAGUUGGUUGUGCAUGGAAGGCGUUGGGGUUAAGUUGGACUUCGAUCCGACGGAUGGGCUGGUUUACUUUUCAUGACGGUCUGAUGUACAGUACAUGUACAGUAUGUAAAAUGCAUAGAUUUGCUGCACGACCAAACGUAAUAACUAAUUUCAAAUCCACUUGGAAGUCUGCUGGCUUGCAGGCCAUAAUGACCACUCAUGGGUAGGAC